CUCCGCACUACCCGCUAACUAUUCGCAAUCGACCGACGUCUUGGUUGUUGGACUGGGUUAUAAUGACUUGACUUCUGCUAAAUGAACCCGUGGACUAGUUUAAGUUUAUCGCAGUGGCGUAUUUAUUUAAUAUUGAGCGGGCGCCGAAGCGAACGCUUUUAUAAGGACCGUUAGCGUCGAGUGAGAGUUUUUUCGUGCAUUGUGGCUGCGGUGGCGUGAUGGAGAAGCAGUCGAGGUGGUCGGAGCAGCGCUCCGAGCAGCGCGUGACCUCCGAGCGGCGCGAGCAGGUCGUGCAGCAGCAGGAGCGCGUGCAGCGCACGCAGCACUACUCGCACCAGAUGCUCACGCAGCAAGUUGGCGGCAAUGUUGGCGGCCAAAGCAUACCCAUCACAUCAGGCAGGCCUGGGGACCCGUCUCCGCCUAUCUUUGAACAAAUAUUUAAGAAUGCGAGAUUUGCACAAGGCGGUAAUGCCAAAUUUGAAGGGAAACUUAGAGGUAAUCCUACUCCAGUUGUAUCGUGGACCAGAAAGAAAGCUCCUUUAGUAGAAUGCAAUAAAUAUAGUAUGAGCUAUAAUGAACAAACUGGGGACGUUUCCCUUCUCAUCAAGCAAAUCGGCCCAGGUGAUGAAGGAGAAUACACUUGCACAGCUCGCAAUCAAUAUGGUGAAGCUAUUUGUUCUGUAUAUAUUCAACCCGAGGGUGUUCCAGUACCCGCGCAGCAAGCAUCGCAACAGCAAAGCUACAGACACGUCAGUGAGAGUGUGGAACACAAGUCGUAUGGAACUCAUGAAUUCAUGACUGAACAAUCGCGACAGUCGCAGAAAUAUGCAUACUCGAAUGGUACAGAUCAUUCAUCUUCAGAAGACUUCAAAGUCGAUACUUUUGAAUACAGACUAUUAAGAGAGGUAUCAUUUCGAGAGACCAUUACAAAAAGAUAUAUAGGAGAGAGUGACAUACAAGUAAGCACAGAAAUUGACAAAUCUUUGGGACCAGUGUCACCCCCUAAAAUUUCACAGAAACCGAGAAAUUCUAAGUUACAAGAAGGAACCGAUGCUCAGUUCCAAGUUCAGCUAUCUGGCAAUCCUAGACCACGUGUAACGUGGUUUAAGAAUGGUCAAAGAUUAGUUAAUUCUACCAAACAUAAUAUUAUAAACACCAAUAAUCAAACAAUACUUAGAGUACGAAAUGUGCAAAAGUCCGAUUGUGGUCAUUACACUCUCCUGGCUGAAAAUCCAAAUGGAUGUAUCGUUACAUCUGCAUAUCUUGCUGUUGAGUCACCUCAAGAAACAUACGUUCAAGAUCAAAAAUCUCAGUAUAUUACGGAUAGCCAACAAAUUGAGACUGAAAGAAUAGAAAUAAGUGAAAAAGCUCUCGCUCCGCAAUUUGUUAAAGUCUGCCAAGACCGUGAUGUCACAGAAGGCAAAAUGACGCGAUUCGAUUGCCGCGUCACAGGCAGACCUUAUCCAGAAGUCACGUGGUUCAUUAAUGAUAGACAAAUCCGAGAUGAUUAUAAUCAUAAAAUUCUAGUAAACGAAUCUGGUAAUCAUGCUCUUAUGAUUACCAAUGUCAGCAUGAGUGAUUGUGGUGUAGUAACGUGUAUUGCAAGAAACAAAAGUGGCGAAACUUCUUUCCAGUGUAAAUUAAAUGUUAUAGAGAAGGAGCAGGUAGUUGCCCCUAAGUUUGUAGAACGUUUCAGCACUUUGAGUGUACGUGAGGGUGAGCCAGUUAGAUUGAAUGCACGUGCUGUCGGCACGCCUACACCUCGAAUCACAUGGCAGAAGGACGGUGUUCCGAUUAUACCCAAUCCAGAAUUACGAAUUAAUACCGAAGGUGGGGCCUCGACAUUGGACAUUCCGCGAGCCAAGGCGUCGGAUGCGGCGUGGUAUCAGUGCACGGCUCAGAAUGUCGCAGGUUCCACAGCUACUCGGGCGAGGCUUUACGUCGAAGUACCAAAGGAGCCUCCGCCUGAGCAAAAACGUUUGCACUUACCACGGCCUACAAAGAUAAUCGAGCCAGAACCUGCACCAGGUCCAGAGAUCAUAUAUUUGAGGCACGUGGAAAGAGCACGACCAUAUGUUCCUCCUGGUGAGGAAGAUCGAAUUUAUCCUCCACCACAGUUUAUUGUGCCCCUGAGAAGCGUGACACAAACUGAAGGUGGAAAGAUACACUUUGAGACGAGAAUUGAACCUGUGGGCGAUCCUACUAUGAAAAUAGAAUGGUUGAAGAAUGGUCAAAGCAUAGAAGCAAGUUCUAGAUUCACAUCAAUCUUCAGAUUUGGUUACAUAUCCCUUGAUAUGCUCAGUUUGAACAUUCAAGACAGUGGUGAAUAUACUUGUAGAGCGGUUAGCGCUACAGGUAUUGCAGAAACUAAAGCAAUGUUGCAAGUCACACCUAGAGCCACAAUCGAAAGGUCUAGUCAGCACCCUGAAAGUCUGCAAUACAUUCAACAGCUCGAGGAUUAUUCCAAAUAUCAACAUCAGGAGUCCAUUGAAGAACACAUUUCACAACGGCCACAAUUUAUAAGGCCACUUCAAGACCUUGGAGAACUCCAGGAAGGCCGGAACGCUCAUUUUGAAGCCCAGCUUACUCCUGUUAGUGAUCCAACUAUGAGAGUUGAAUGGUAUAAAGAUGGUAAAUCUAUCACAGCUAGCUCGCGAAUCACAGCAAUCUUCAACUUCGGAUACGUCUCCCUUAACAUCAUGCACCUACGGGUUGAAGAUGCAGGUUCGUACACAGUUAGAGCUGUGAAUAAACUUGGUGAAGCCAUCAGUACUGCAUCAAUCAGGGUUGCAGCAAGAAGCACUGUUACGGAGGAUCUAGGGAUUCCCGAACAGAGACGAUACAUAGAAAAGACUGAGCAGUUGGAAGCUUAUCAGCAACAACAACAUCAGAGAUAUUACCAAGAAGUACCUGAAAGUACGCAGCGACCAGAGUUUAAAACUCCAAUCAAAGACCAGAUAAAUAUUAAAGAAGGCGGAUUCGCCCACUUUGAAGCUCGUCUCGAACCAGUUGGAGAUUCUACGUUGAGAGUGGAGUGGUUGAAGGAUGGACGCCCUGUAGAGGCUAGUUCAAGAAUAACAACAUUCUUUAACUUUGGAUACGUAGCUCUAACAAUCAAAUCUGUUACCGUACACGACGCUGGUAAUUACACAUGCAGAGCUUACAAUGCUUUAGGACAAGCAACGACCAGUGCAAACCUAACAAUUGUGACAAAGAAAGAUAUAAUAGCUGAAUCACAGCACCCCGGCGGUUUAGAAAAAAUUCAAUACUUGGAAGAUUCAAGCAGAUAUUCCAAGCGCUCAGAGGAGGAAGUCAGAGUUACACAAAAGCCUAGAUUUUUAGGUCCACUAAAAGGAACAAAUAAGAUUGUUGAAGGACAAAGUGCUCAUUUCGAAGCCAGAGUGGAACCACAAAGCGAUUUAACUAUGACUGUCGAGUGGUAUUUUAAUGGGAAACAAAUUAAAUCAGCAAAUCGUAUUCAGACUUACCAUGACUUUGGAUACGUUGCGUUAGAUUUAACUAAUGUAAGAGCAGAAGACGCUGGUGUAUACACUGUAGUUGCUAGAAACGCUGCAGGAGAAGCACAGCUCAGCGCGAAUAUGAUUGUUGAAACACGAUCCAGCAUUGACACAUCCAGCAUACAUCGCGGCUUAUACGAAAAAACACGUCAAAUGGAAGAAUCUAAAUUUGUUGAGCCAAUGUAUCACAUUGAAGAAAUCUCAAAAUCUAAGCCAGUAUUUGUACAGCCAUUAUCAGACCCUAAACCCAUAUCGGAAGGAAAGAAUAUUCACCUUGAAUGUCGCCUCGAACCAAUGGGCGACCCUACUAUGAGAGUUGAAUGGUAUCACAAUGGAAGAGCCGUGACCGUCGGUUCACGCUUUAGAACAUACUACGAUUUUGGAUUCGUAGCUCUUGAUAUUAUCCAUGCUACCUCGGCUGAUUCCGGUGAAUACACCGUGAGAGCUGUUAAUCAUUUAGGAUCGGCGCAUACAUCUGCAAUGGUAAGAGUUAUUGAAAGAUCAGAUGUAUUAACUGACACUCAGAAUGAACAAGCUGUUGAACAAAUUCAAAUGCUAGAAGACGCUGCUCGUCGUAACAAACAAGUACAGGAAGAUAUUACAGUUAUGCAAGCUCCACAGUUUUCAAGAGCUUUACACAACAUUGAAACUCUGGAGGGCACUAAUGUUCACUUAGAAUGUCGAUUGCAGCCAGUUGGAGACCCAACUAUGAGAGUAGAAUGGUUCUGCAAUGGAAGACCAAUAAAGACGGGUCAUAGAUUCAGACCUGCUUAUGAAUUUGAUUAUGUUGCUCUCGACCUUUUGAGUGUAUAUCCAGAAGAUUCUGGUGUUUAUACCUGCCAAGCUACAAACCAACUUGGAGAAGCUGUCACCUCCUGCGCUCUACGCGUUAUGGCAAAGAAAGAUUUAAUCUUUGAAUCUCAACAUCCCUCCGGCUUAGAGAAGAUUCAAUAUUUAGAAGAUGCUUCUCGGUACAAAAAAUCGGAAGUUAUUGAUGAGUCUAUUCACAUUAAGCCAAGAUUUGUAACUAAACCUAAAUCAAUAGAAAAUGUCAAAGAAAGGCAACAUGUACAUUUUGAAUGUAAACUAGAACCUGUUACUGAUCCAAACUUAAAAGUAGAAUGGUUUAAGAAUGGUCAACCAGUAACCAUAGGCCACAGAUUUAGGCCUAUUCAUGACUUUGGAUAUGUCGCUCUUGACAUCAUCGAUUUAAUAGCUGAAGAUUCUGGCAUUUAUACAUGCAGAGCUGUUAACCUUCUCGGUACUGACGAAGUUAGCUGCCGAUUGACUUGUCGUGAAACUGCCGAUAUUAUUCGCGGCACACAAAAUGAAGCAGGCCUCGAACAAAUUCAGGUACUCGAGGAUAGAUCGAGAUAUCAAAGAUCUGAUUUUGUCGAUGAAGUGACAACUCAGGCACCAAUAUUCACAACAUCUCUGAAAAAUAUUGAAAUUAAAGAAGGGCAGAGAGCUCAUUUCGAAUGUAGACUUAUCCCCGUUUCUGAUGCUACAAUGAAAGUUGAAUGGUAUCACAAUAACAAUCCCCUUAAGAGUGGCUCAAGAUUUACAGAAACUAAUAACUUCGGUUUCGUAGCUCUUGACAUUAUGUCUUGCUUGCCUGAAGAUUCAGGUGUUUAUACUUGUAGAGCAAUAAACGCGCUGGGUGAAGCCGUAACUUCGGCAACAGCGGUCGUUCAUUCAAAGAAAUCAAUUUAUUUGGAAAGUCAACAUGAGGAAGCCUUACCGAGAUUAAAUCAGCUGGAAGAUGCUUCACGACACCAAAGACCAAGUGCACAAGAGGACGUUAUCAAUCAAGCUCCAGUAUUUACUAUGCCUAUGCGUGAUAUAAGAGUAGCAGAAAACCAGGCAGCUCACUUUGAAGCUAGAUUAAUACCUGUUGGUGAUCCGCGAUUGAAGGUGGAAUGGCUCCGUAAUGGUGUACCUAUAGCAGCUUCAAACCGCAUUACAACUAUGCAUGAUUUCGGUUAUGUAGCUCUUAACAUGAAAUACGUAAAUCCUGAAGAUUCAGGAACAUACACUUGCCGUGCCGUAAAUGAGUUAGGCCAAGCAGUUACAUCGUCAACCUUAUUUGUACAAUCCAAAGCAUCUCUGCUACUGGAUUCUCAAAACCAAGCCGCUUUACAAAAAAUACGCCAGCUAGAAGAUUCUUCUAGAUACCAGCGCAAGGAGGACGUUGAAGUUGCAGUUAAUCAAGCUCCACGCUUUAUUACUCAACUAAAUGGUCCCUCCAAACUUGUGGAAGGACAAAGUGCGCAUUAUGAAUGCCGAAUUGAACCUUACCCUGAUCCGACAAUGCGUGUAGAAUGGUACUUCAACGGCAAAGUCCUCCAAAGUGGCCAUCGGUACCGCACCGCAUUUGAUUUUGGUUUUGCGGCCCUCGAUAUCUUAACUGUAUACGGAGAGGACUCGGGCGAGUACACCUGCAAAGUAAUCAAUAAUUUAGGACAAGCGACAUCAUCUAUCAACUUAAACGUUCAAUCCAAGGAAUCAAUCAUCAGAGACACUCAACAUGAGAGUGCAUUGGAAAAGAUCCAAUAUUUGGAAGACGAUAGCAGAUACAAGAAAGUUGUCCGUGAUGAAGGUUUCAUUGCUGAAAAGCCUCAAUUUGGUAAACCUAUUAAGAGUGUCGAAGCACCUGAGGGUCAGCCAAUUCAUUUAGAGGCAACAUUAACUCCUGUCAAUGAUCCUACAAUGCGUGUUGAAUGGUAUUGCAAUGGCCGUCCCAUACAACAAGGACAUAGAUUUAAAACAACUUACGACUUCGGAUACGUCGCUUUAGAUGUAUUAUAUGCCUACGCUGAAGAUUCAGGAACAUACAUGUGCAAAGCUACUAACGCAGUCGGUGAGGCUGUCACUACGAGCUCAGUCAAAGUAGACGCCAAGGCUGGACUCUACCUUGAUACAUUGGAUGAACAACGUCUAAGAAAAAUUCAAGAGCUUGAAAGGUUUGAAAGACCUAAACCUGUUGAAGAAGAAAAGCCUGGCCAAAGGCCAGUUUUCCUUACACCAUUGACUAACCUUGAAAAUUUGAAGGAAGGUGAUCAUGCUCACUUUGAAUGCAGAGUAGAACCAAUUAAUGACCCAGACUUAAAAAUAGAGUGGUUCCUUAACGGACAGAGAAUCAAGACUGGUCACAGAUUCAGAACAACACACGAUUUUGGCUAUGUUGCCUUAGAUAUAUUAUACACAUACGCAGAAGAUUCUGGAACCUAUAUGUGUAAGGCCACUAACAAACUUGGCGAGGCAGUUAAUACGUGCACGUUGAAGGUUGCAGGGCAUAGAAAUAUUAUUUUGGACACACAACAUCCUAAUGGCCUUGAAAAGAUAAGACAAUUGGAAGCACAAGGUCAUCCAUCAAGAAUAGAAGUUGAAGAACCAAAGGUCUUUGCGCCAAGGUUCGUUACUGAGCUAAGAGGAACAACGCAUGUAUUUGAAGGUCAAACCGCACACUUCGAAUGCCAAGUCGAACCUGUUCAUGAUCCUAACCUGCGAAUAGAGUUUUACCACAACGGCAAAGCCCUGCAAUCUGCGUCACGAUUCCAUAUCACUUUUGAUUUUGGUUACGUGUCAUUGGAUAUUCAACACUGUGUACCGGAGGAUGCUGGUGAAUAUUCAGUGAAAGCAAUUAAUGCAUUGGGUCACUGUACUUCUUCUAUAUCCAUGACCGUAACCGCAAAAGGCAGUAUUAUUUCGGAAUCUCAACGUCCAGAAGGAUUAGAAAAGAUUCGAGAACUCGAAUCAGCCGAACCAUUUAAGCGUCCGGAGAUUCCAGACACAGUUACCAGGCAAAGGCCUGUUUUCACUCAGCCACUUCAAAAUAUCGAUAAUAUUCAGGAAGGUCAAACAGCACAUUUGGAUUGUAGACUUAUUCCUGUCGGAGAUCCUACCCUUAAGGUAGAAUGGUUCAGAAACGAGAAAUUAAUUGAGGACAGUUCUCGUAUUACAAAAACGAAUGACUUUGGUUAUGUAUCUAUGACUAUUUCUCAUGUACGUGAUGAAGAUGAAGGUGUUUAUAUGUGUAGAGCAUCAAAUUUGCUUGGAGAGGCCGUGACAACAGCAGCAAUGAAAAUAAAAACGAAAGCAGCUAUCCAGUUAGAAACACAACAUCCAGAAGGAAUGAAAAAGAUACAACAAUUGGAACAACCCCAAGCCAAAAAGACUGAUGAACCAGAGCGAGAAUUUGAGAAACCCAUAUUCACUCAAGUACUCACAGGACCUUCUGAGUUAUGGGAAGGACAGCAUGCUCACUAUGAAGCACGCGUUGUCCCAGUUGGCGACCCAAGCCUACGAUUUGAAUGGUACAUCAACGGAGUCGAACUUAAAAUGGGUUCAAGGUUCCGUACUACACAUGAUUUCGGCUUUGUUACACUAGAUAUCAAUUCAGUAAUAGCAAAUGAUGCUGGUUUGUAUAUGUGCAAAGCUAUUAAUAAAGCUGGCAGCACAGUCUCGUCAACCUCAUUGAAAGUUAAAACUAAGUCGACUAUCAUUGACCAGGCAAUGCGUCCCGAGUCUUGGGAAAAGAUUCAACUCAAAGAAGCUUCUAUGAAUCAAGUUCCGGAUAGAUUUGUCGAUUUGGGCGUACAACAAGCUCCCAUAUUUACUACCCAUCUUCAGAGCUACGACAAACUCGUGGAGGGACAACAUGUAUACUUGGAGGCCCAAGUUGAGCCUCGCACAGACCCUCACCUGAGAAUAGAGUGGUUCAAGAAUGGAGUAUCCUUAACAACCGGAUCAAGAAUUAAGAGCACUUUCGACUUUGGCUUGGUUACGCUAUCUAUAAAUAGCUUGAGGCAUGACGACUCUGGUAUCUAUACUUGCAAAGCUGUUAAUCAAAUGGGUGAAGCAGUUUCAACUUCUUCGAUAAAAAUAGAAGACCGACACUGGCUGUUGGGAGAAUCAUUACAUCCCGAAUCACUGGAUCGCAUCGGUGCUUUAGAGCAACCUAAAGCAACAAAACCAGACACACCGGAACCAGUAUAUGAGACACCUGUGUUUAUUUCACAUUUGAACAACAUUGUUUGUAAAGAAGGAGAUAACAUUCACUUUGAAUGCAAUGUUGAGCCUUCUAAAGAUCCAACACUUAAAAUUGAAUGGUUCUUUAAUAACAAACCAUUACCAUCAGGUACAAGAUACAAGAGUACCCAUGAUUUUAGUUAUGUAUCGUUGGACAUAAUGCAUACUUAUGAAGAAGACUCUGGAAUAUACACAUGCAAGGCCACUAAUAGCAAAGGUUCCGCUACAACAUCAGGUUCAUUGAGAUGCACUGGCGAUAAGCAUAUCUAUUUAGAUACUCAACACCCGCAAGGAAAAGCUGGCUUAGAUGCAGUUGAACAAGCCGAAGAAGCUAGAUUAUCUAAAAAUAGAAGAUCAUCUGUUCCGGAUGCCGAAUAUCCUAAGCCUGAAUGGGUGAUCCCAGUUGUGGCAGAAUGUCAAUUAAUUGAAGGACAACCCUUGCAUCUGGAAGGACAAGUCGAACCCAAGAAUGAUCCUGACUUAAAGAUCGAAUGGUACUUUAAUGGUAAAGUACUAGAACAUGGAUCUAGAUUUAAACUUGCAAGUGAUUUUGGCUUUGUUACUCUCGAUGUUACAGAUGUUUACGAAAGAGAUAGUGGUAUUUAUACCUGUAAAGCAUACAAUAAGAGAGGUGAAGCAUUUACAUCUUCAACUAUUUACUGCAGUAGUAAAGAAAAUCUCAUUGAACGCACACAACAUCCUAAAGGAAAGGAGGGCUUGGAAAAAAUACAAAAUCUUGAGGAUUCCCUUCGCAAAGAACCUGCUCAAAAGCCAGAUGAUGAUACUGGAAGGGCACCUGAGUUCACUACCGUAUUCCAGGAUAUUGUUGAUAUUAGUGAAGGUCAAAUUGCUCAUUAUGAUGCCUCUCUCAUACCAACUGGAGAUCAAACAAUGGUAAUUGAAUGGUUCUACAAUGGAAAGACGAUUGAAGCUAGUCACCGUAUUCGCACUGUGUAUGCCUUUGGUAUGGUUGUUCUUGAAAUUCUUGGAACAAAGACUUCAGACUCUGGCAUAUAUUCUUGUCGCGCGACCAAUAAAUGGGGUCAAGCUGAAAUAAGUGUGAAAUUGGAAUGUGUUGACAAAAGCAAAGGCCAAAAACCGAGGUUUACGACACAUAUUCAAAAUAUUGAAGGUCUUAAAGAUGGUCAAUCGGCUCACUUCGAAUGCACAGUUGUGCCAGUUGAUGACCCUGAUAUGAAAAUCGAAUGGUAUCACAAUGGCCAACCAAUGCGCCAUUCAAACAGAAUUAAAACAAUUUCCGAUUUUGGUUUUGUAGUACUUGAUAUUGCGUAUACUCAAAACCAUGAUUCUGGUGAAUAUGUAUGUCGGGCAUUUAACAAAUAUGGAGAAGAUUUCACCAAAGCAACAAUUAAUUGUUACGGAAGAAGUGGAGUUUACUCUGACAGCCUGCAACCAGAUUCUUUGGCCAAAAUCAGAGAGCUUGAGAGCUUGCAAGGACUUCAACAUCAAGCUCCAGCUCCAGCAUCAGCGGUUCCACCACAAUUUAUCACACAAAUUCAGGACGUGACAAAAUUGGUAGAAGGCCAGAGUGCACAUUUCGAAGCAAAGCUAGUGCCAGUAGAUGAUCCAGACCUUAAGGUUGAAUGGUUCUACAAUGGAAAGAAAUUACCACAUGGCCACAGGUACAGAACGUUCCAUGAUUUCGGAAUUGUUAUCCUUGAUAUUCUCUAUUGCUAUGAAGAAAAUUCUGGUGAAUACGAGUGUGUUGCUACAAACAAACUGGGAAGAGAUUCUACGAAAGCGACACUUAAGUGUACAUCGAAGGAAAAUUUGAUUCUGGACUCGCAACUACCGCGGGGCAUGGAAGGAGGAUUGGAAAAAUUACAAACUCUUGAAGAUUCUAUGGUACGAAGGAAGGAUGUCGAAGUUACAGAAACACGUGGCAAGGCGCCUGUUUUCACAGUUCCUUUGGCAAAUAUUGACAAUUUGAGAGAAGGUGAAAAUGCUCACUUUGAAGCUCGCCUUACGCCAACUGAUGAUCCCAACCUUAAAGUUGAAUGGUAUUGGAACGGCAAGUCAUUGAAGGCUGGAUCUAGGUUCCGUACAUUCUGUGACUUUGGCUUCGUUAUUCUUGAGAUAUCGCCUACUUAUCCAGAAGACUCCGGUGAAUAUAUGUGCAGAGCUUACAACAACUAUGGUGAAGCCGUGACUACAGCCACAAUGAAAGUUCAAGGCAAGAGGAAUAUUAUUCUUGAGUCUCAACUGCCUAAAGGCAUGGAAGGUACCAUUGAUAAAAUUGCUGCAUUGGAAGGAUAUAAUGGAACAGUUGAUGCCUUAUCACCAGAAGUAGAAAGUGGAAAUCCACCGGAAUUCGUUACGACACCAUCUGAUCUCAUUUUGUCAGAAAAUUCUUCAGCCCACUUCGAAUGCCGUUUGAUUCCAGUAAACGACUCUAGUAUGAGAGUAGAGUGGUUCCACAAUGGAAAAGCUCUUCUUACUGGAUCUAGAGUUAAGACUAUUAAUGACUUUGGUUUCGUUAUAUUAGAAAUAGGAGGUGUUUAUCAGCGUGAUGCUGGUCUUUAUACUUGCAAAGCAACAAAUCGUCAUGGAGAAGCUACGGUAUCAUGUAAGCUUCAAGUUAAGGGCAGACAAGGUAUUAUCUUAGAGCCUCAACUACCGUCACAAUUUAAGUCCGGUACCGAAAGCAUUCAAAAACUGGAAGAAACUUUGCAUAAACGUGAAGAAAUAACAAUCGAAGACGAAAAACCCAAUCCUCCAAGAUUUACCGUUGAAAUAAAAGAUAAUCUUGAUAUUGUUGAAGGUGGACCUAUCCACUUCGAUUGCCGCGUAGAGCCUGUCGGCGAUCCUACAAUGAGGAUAGAUUGGUUCCAUAAUGGAAGGCCAUUUGCAACAGGAUCUCGUGUCCACAUGUUGAAUGAUUUUGGCUUUAUUGCUCUUGACAUCGACUACGUAUAUGCUAGAGAUGCAGGUGAAUACACCUGUCGGGCAACUAACAAGUGGGGUUCAGCUACAACAACUGCUAAAAUUACUUGCAGCACUAAACGUGAUAUCAUUUAUGACUCUCAAUUACCACAAGGUAUGAGCGGUGAGAAAAUCAAGGAGCUCGAAAGGGGUCGUGUAAGUGAGGCUCCUAAAGAAGAUGCCGUUAUAAACAGUCCUCCUAAGUUCAUCACUCAGAUUCAGUCUCACACAAUUGAAGAAUCUGAAUCAGUUCGUUUCGAGUGUCGAGUAGAGCCAAAACAAGAUCCCAAACUGCGCAUAGAAUGGUACAGAAACGGAAAACUGUUGCCAUCUGGUCACCGUUUCCGUACAGUGUACGACAUGGGUUUUGUUUCAUUGGACAUCUUAUACGUUUAUUCUGAAGAUUCCGGUGAAUACGUUUGCCGCGCUGUGAAUGACUUUGGUGAAGAUAUCACAAAGGCUACUGUAUCUUGCAAACGUUUGCCCGAUAUUAUACUACAAAAUCAAGUACCAAGAGGCAUGAAGAAAUCAGAAGCAUUAACACAGAUGGAAGCUACUAUCAAGAAAUACACAUCAGAAGUAUUCUUGACUGAAGAUGAUCUGUAUGACGCUGACAAAAAGCAACCACCACGCUUUGUCACGCAAAUACAAAGCCAAACAACUCUUGUUGAAAUGGAAUGUACCAAAUUUGAGUGUCAGCUAGCUCCUGUUGGUGAUCCAAACAUGAAAGUGGAGUGGUUCUUCAAUGGCAAACCUUUGUUACACAAAAACCGCUUCACACCCAUCUACGACUUUGGAUAUGUUGCUAUGAACUUCGGCUGGGUAUACCCAGAAGACAGUGGUGAAUAUCUUUGCCGUGCUACUAAUCUUUAUGGUAUGGAUGAAACCAAGGCAAUCAUUAAGACUACUGGAAAACCGGGUAUCGUCUACGAUUCCCAAUUACCCAAACAUAUGAAGAGUAUUGAAAAGAUCAGGGAAAUGGAAGCAGCUUGGCAAGCGGUGCCUGAUCAACCUGGAGAGGAAGUCAAGGAACGCGUGCCACCUGUAUUUGUCAGUCGCCCUGAACCAGUCACAGUGGAAGAAGGAGAAUGGGCAAGAUUCUGCUGUCGCGUCACUGGUCAUCCAAAACCACGAGUCAUGUGGCUUAUUAAUGGAAAUACUAUUGUCAACGGUUCUAGGUACAAACUGACAUACGAUGGCAUGUAUCAUUUCGAUAUACCUAAAACAAGGCAGUAUGAUACUGGCAAAAUUGAAGUUAUCGCUAGAAGUUCAGUAGGCGAGGCUUUAGCUACGACCGAAUUGAAAGUUAUUCCGAGACACGACGAUUAUAGAAGUGUUUUGAAAAAUGCUCCAAGACCUUGGUAUGAUGAAACAACGCAGUACCAACGUUCUGAUACUGAGUUGGAAAAAACAUUUGAGGAAAGGCAAACAUUACAACGCAAAGGUGUAAUUGAUCAUAGACCGGAACUGAAGCCUAAAGUAAUCAAAGAACCAGAAACUGAAUGGCAGCAAACUGUAAAGAAGAAGAAGAGCGAAGAAUAUUACAACAAACUUCAGGAAUUGGAAAAUGAACAAAUUGUUAAAGAAAGCCGUUUGAGGGAAUCUUCUCAUCAAUAUGCUGUACCCGGAGAAAAAGUAACCAGCUCAUCGCUUGCUAGAAGUAUGGCACAGAAAUAUCAAGAUAAUUUGGAACAAACCGAAGAAAUCACUGAAACCAAACAAACUCAGAAGAAGGUACAAAAGCCCCGAAUUCCCGAUCCACUAGAAUCAACAGUUCAUGGAAAGGAGGUUCAUGUUGCAAAACAAAAACAGAUUCAGAAGGAAGUGGUGGGUGAUACCGAAAUUACACGCAAGAUCACUUCAACAGAAACCACUGAAGUAGAACACAAGGCGCAAACUCAGGAAAGAGUCGUUGAGGGACCAGUAAAACCCUCUACGCCGCCUGUAUUUACAAAGAAAAUGCAACCAUGCCGUGCCUUUGAACAGGAACAAGCGAGAUUCGAAGUUGAAUUUGAUGGUGAUCCUUUGCCAACAAUAAAAUGGUAUAGAGAAAACUUCCCGAUUAAGAACUCACCUGACUUCCAGAUUCACACAUUCAGCACUAAGUCUAUUCUCAUAAUUAGACAAGUAUUUGUUGAGGAUUCUGCUGUAUUUGCUGCUGUGGCUGAGAAUAGGGGUGGUACUGCUAAAUGUAGUGCUAACCUAGUUGUAGAGGAGCGCAGACGUCAGGGCAGGGGAGGAGUCAUACCGCCCAGCUUUACCUUGACAGCGCAAAAUGUUAAUGUUACUGCUGGACAGCUUGUGAGAUUCGACACUAAAGUUACAGGAACGAAACCAAUUGACGUAUACUGGCUUAAAAACGGAAAGAAAGUACAACCAGAUAUAAGAAACAAGAUUCUCGAAGAAGAUGGAACGAACACACUUCUUAUUCUAGAAGCUUACCCGCAGGACUCGGGAAAAUACGAAUGUGUUGCUAUCAAUAGCGCUGGUGAAGCAAGAUGCGAUGCCGAAUGUGUCGUAAAUGCUCCUGCAACUAAAGAGAAGCCGAAGCCCCAAACAAAAGCAGCAAAUGCACCUCCAGAGAUUAUUGAACCCCUCAAAGACCGAGUGGUAACCGAAGGUCAGGCCAUUGAAUUCAGUUGUAAAAUUGUGGGUAAACCGACGCCAACUGUUCAGUGGUACAAAGGAGAUAAAUUGAUAAAGCCAUCAAAAUACUUCCAAAUGUCGCGGACGGCUGAUGACUACACUCUACGUAUAUCUGAAGCUUUCCCUGAAGACGAGGGAGAUUACAAAUGCGUUGCCUACAAUUCAGCUGGGCGGGUAACCGUAGCUGCUAAGUUGAAAGUAACACAGCCCGAUCAGGCUGACAAUUUGCCCACUCUGACACCACUGCGAGAUGUCGUCGUUUACGAAGGUCAGCCGGCACAGUUCAAGACUCAGAUCACCAGCAAAGUGAAACCCACGAUUCAAUGGCUCCGUGAAGGCGCUCUGAUUCCGGAAACUCCUGAUUUCCAAAUGAUCCACGAAGGUAACAACGCGGUGUUGUUGAUCGGUAACACCUACGAAGAAGAUACUGGUAUUUUCACCUGCCGCGCUACUACGGUCGCAGGCCAAGUGGAGACCUCAGCUAAACUAGUCGUCAAAAGUAAGACAUAGAUACAGGCAGCGAGCUCGCGUCGCGCACUUUUAAUCCAUUAAUGUAGUGUUUCUUUGUUUCAUCACUAUAUCAAAAAUUGAGAUCGGGUGAAAACUACCACAUAAGUACCAAGUUGACAAGCGAAUAUAAAAUCACAAAAAUGUUACUAGUUAAUAAUAUCGUAGCGGUUCCCGCAGUAACGACUCCGCCCGCUUUUCAAACACCCCUCGUAAUAAGUCGUGAUUCUAUGACACAUAGACUACUGUGACCAUCACUAGCCUUCACCAUAUAUAUGUAUAUCCAAUAUUCACUUCAUUCUUAUCGCUGACAUCAAAAUUGUACAGUAUCUCGAAACAUUCGAAUGUUCACUCCGCAUUAUCUAACCCAACCGCAAGUGGAGUCAAUGGUAAACAUUUAACUCCGUAUUUGCGCGAACUUCUGCAUCUAACAGAGCUGUACAUUUAAGCUUUUUGUGUAUAUACUUAGUCCUAGUUAUAUAUAUCUAGAGACAGGUGACAUCAGGAGAUCUUCGAGGCUCGAGCUGCCAGCUGCAAUAUAUUUGGAAACAAAGAACGAAGGAUUGCAAUAAAAAACCCUUUAAUUUCACUAAAUGGUUGCGUGUAUAUUUGCGAAUUAUGUUUUAAAUGAGCUAUCCUCUUCUUCUUACAUUACAUAUUACUCUUAAUAUAAUAUGUUCUUUCUUAAGAGAAAUAUUAUGCAAUUAUAUUUUUUAGGCAUUGUAAUUCGCAAAAUAGUAAAUAUGCUCUUUGUUACUGGUGAAAUUAAAGUGUUUUUCAUUGGAAUAACGCAUAGUGGUCGAGAAGUAUUAAGUAUAAAUAUACACGUAACAUGUGAUUAACACGUACACGAUUAUUUGAAUACUGUUUUGUUUUGCUUUACCGCUACGAUGUUUAUUAAUUUAUAGAUAUUGAAAAUUAUAAAUCAAAACACAUUGCGUGGUACGCUAGACCCGUUUUUUGGUGUACCGCCAAAUGUAUUUUUCACCCAAUACUCUUUUGUUUACGUGAGCCUGCUAAAGUUAACGAUCUAUUGGCCUUAUUAACAAUAAUAAUGUUUAUACAAUCAUUUCAUGCUUUAAGUGUUUUUAAUUGAUGAAAUAUUAUGUAGUAAAAAACAUGUGUUAUACCAACAAUAAAUAUUGUAUGACUAUUGUAACAUAAUAAAUCAUUGACACUGGGACUUGAUAUGUAGAAACAAUAAACAAAACACAACACAAUAUCAUCUCACAUAAUUAUUAUAUAACAAGUCCUAGAAUCAUAAGUUUAUAAGCAUGGAUCGUGGCUUAAAUGCUAUGUCAAGUUAUAGACAAAUCAGACCUAUCACACCUAACAAUAUGCACGUAGGCUGCGAUGUGUUGCGACGUCACCUAAUGUCACCUAACAGCUACGACUAACUUUGUCAGUGUCACGUUAGAAGCGCAAUGUAAGUUGUAUCACAGUAUCGAGGAUGUAUAUAAUAGCUCCGUGUAAGUAGGUGCCGCGGACUCAGGGUGGGUCGUUCUCGUGAACGCAAAGUUAAUCGUGGUUGCUAUGAUAUUUCUGUCGAUAUAUUUCCGCUGUCAACUGCCCUAUGACAAAGAAACAAUAUAGCCGAGUUAGUGGCGCCAUCGAUGGCGAUACACUUAACUAUUUAAGUACGCACGCAUCUCUUGCCUUGCCAGUUUCUAUGUUUGACAAACACUGCCGAUGUUGACCUAAUGUUUUCUGCAAGUACAAAUCCGAAUUGAAUGAGAUUUUUAUAGUUUAACGUUACAGUGAUCUUUAACUUAGUUUGUUUUAAAUGCACGACAUUGUUAAAAUAAAUUGUGUUGUAUGUUUCACCUAAUUGUAUUAAGUUAUUAGGAGUGGCAGUAUUUUAUAACAAAAAAAAAAUAUUUUUAGAGCCUACCUAUCCAUAUUUAAUUUAAUAAUAAUAUAUUUAUUACGUAAUUUUUUGUAUGUGACUAUUAUGUGAAAUCUAUUUAAUAAACGCUAUAAAAUUAA